CACACGCUGCUUUCCUGCACACGGCGGAAGUGACACGUGUACGCACCUGCCUUGCCGGCUGAGCAGCUGCAUCCCGCCCUGGGAACGCCGCGGCCCCGGCGCCGCCCCUGCGGGAAUCCAGCCGGGGCGUUCACACGUGGAGCCGCGAUGGGAGCGGGCGCCUCGGCGGUCUCGGCCCUGCUCGGCGGCGCGGCCGCCGCCGCCCUGCUGCUCCGCUGGCGCGGGAGGAGCGGGCUCCGCCGGGCGGCGGCCGAGGCUGGCCGGCGGCGGGGGCUGGCGCUGGGGCGGAUGGAGAAGGCCGCCGCGCGGUUUCGGGAGCAGAAUCCUGAUGUAGAUGCAGACCCAAUCCUCUCUCUCACCUUGGUGGAACUCUCUGAGAAACUCCGGGAUGGUUCUCUUUCUCCAGACUGGGUCUUCUAUACAUAUGUGGACAAGGCCCUUCAAGUGACCAAGGAAGUCAACUGUGUGACUGAUUACCUCCAGGAGUCUGAAUCCCAGCUUCAGCAAGUGAAAAGGCAGGAGAAGAAGGACUUGCUGUAUGGGGUCCCAGUCAGUAUAAAGGAUUCCAUUAACUGCAAGGGCCACGAUUCCACCCUGGGGUUUGUGAAGCGUCUCAAUCAGCCUGCUGCUGAGGACUGCGUGGUGGUGCAAGUGUUAAAGAGACGGGGGGCGCUUCCGUUUGUGAAGACCAACGUUCCCCAGUCCCUGUUAAACUUCGACUGCAGUAAUUUAAUCUUUGGCCAGACAGUGAACCCUCUGGACCACACCAAGACACCUGGCGGCUCCUCCGGAGGAGAAGGGGCGCUGAUUAGCAGCGGUGGAUCCAUCCUGGGCAUUGGGACGGAUGUAGGAGGAAGCCUCCGUUUCCCAGCUGCCUUCUGUGGGAUUUGUACGCUCAAAGCCACUGGGGGAAGACUGAGCAAGAAAGGAGUGGUUGCCAGUAUUCCUGGGCAGAAAUCAGCUGUAGUAGGGAUAGGGCCAAUGGCGAAGGACGUGGACAGCCUGGCUUUGUGCAUGAGAGCGCUCCUGUGUGAAGACAUGUUCCACCUGGACCCCACUGUGCCGCCCCUGCCCUUCAACGAGGAGGUGUUCUCCAGCUCACGGCCCCUCCGCGUAGGAUAUUAUGACUCUGAUUCUUUUACAAUGCCAGGUCCUUCCAUGAGACGGGCGGUUUUGGAGACCAAGCAGCUUCUGGAGAAUGCAGGCCAUACGCUGGUGCCGUUCAAACCCUGUCGUAUUGAGCACGUUAUGUUUGAUAUUUCUGUAAGAGGAUUGUUUGCGGACGGGUCCUCCACCUUUUUGGACCACUUCAAAGGCGAGCUAGAAGAUCCCAACAUUAAACAAUUACUUCUGUUGUGUAAAGCACCAGGCUGGCUAAGACGCCUCUUGUCCUGGAUUCUCAAACCAAUAGAGCCUAGAUUAGCAAAAGUCCUGAGAAACAUGCACGAGAGGUCAGUGAAAGAACUCUGGAAAUUUCAUUGUGAGAUUGAGGAGUAUUGCCAAGAAUUCAUCGCCGAAUGGAGGAAGCUGGAUCUGGAUGUGAUGCUGUGUCCGAUUGUGGGCCCUGCUUUUCAGAUUGGAUUUCCUGGGAAGAUCUCAGUGGCAGCAAGUUACACUAUUUUGUAUAACUACUUGGACUUUCCCACCGGGGUUGUGCCUGUCACUACGGUGACGAAGAAGGAUGAGGAAGAGCUCGAGUCCCACAGAGGACACUAUAACGAUUCGUGGGACAAGAUCUUUGUAAAGGCUAUCCGGGGAGGAGUGGGGCUGCCCGUGGCGGUGCAGUGCGUGGCUCUGCCGUGGCAGGAGGAGCUGUGCCUUCGGUUCAUGAAGGAGGUGGAGACGCUGACCCGGAGGAGGCAAAGAAACCUUUGAACGGCGGGCAGGGUAGAACGCCGCUGGGUUACAAUGUUGCUCGUCUGCCCCAGCCAGCCAUCUGCAUCGAGCAGUGAAGUUAAUGGCACAACCUUGGUUUAAUUAAAUAACUUGAUGGUGCUUUCUGUUCUCCGGCUAAUCACUGGAUCCUGCCCCUUCCAGGGGGCGGGUGGGGGAGGCGCGCCCAGCGGUGGUGGGGCUUGCCUCAGCACUGACAUUCCAGUACGAUUCACGGCACUGCCAUCGUCUCUUGCAUUGAAGGAUCUCUGAGCUCUCCGCUAACUCUGGCUGUGUCUAUGCUGGAGCGGAGAUGCGUCCUGUGGCAAUGGAAGGGGUUUUUUUCCAUUCCUGUUGUUGAUCCACCUCUCCGAGAGGCAGUAGCUAGAGCAAUGGAAGGAUUCUUCUGUCAACCUAGCUGCGGCUAUACUGGGGGUUAGGUCGGCCUAACUAUGGCAACUGGGGGCAAAACCUUUCACCGCCCUGAGCGGCGGAGCUGGGUCGAUCUAAUUUAUGAGUGUAGACCAGGCCUAAGGCUCACACCACACGCCUGUGAAGUAUUGGUUUCCCCAUAUUAUAGGCAGAGAAACUGAGGCACGGACCUGUUUGUAAGUCGGUUCAGGCCUCGUAGGGUCUGUCUUCACUGCAGAGUUCGCUCUUACUCAGACGAUGCCCGUUGCCCCCCUCCUGUCCACACACACACAACCCUCUCCCCUGAGUUUGGUACUUCACAACCAGGCUCGCUGGCCUGGCUCAGGGUGCAGGUUAGAGCGUGGGUACUGCUUUCACUUGGGCUGGUGACCCACCCACUUUGCAGUGAGGGUGCAGAUUACGUCACUCCCGUGCUGGUAGUCCUCCAGUGCCAUCCCACAAUCCCCCCUGCGUGGCCAGAUGAGUUCUCCCACAGGUCACUGGGAAGGAAUCAGCGAGUAGCUCAGUUUAUUUGCAGCACAAAGAACCCUGGGAUGUGACACCAGAGGUCCCAGCAACACACACACUGGGAGGACGGCACCAGUGAGGACACAGUAAUGCUAGUAAGGCUUUGCAGGGUGGCCCUUGCACCUGGGCUAGGCUAAGCUGGGUGCUCCGAUCCGGUUGCCGAUGGCCUGCGUUAACUUCGCAGCGAAGACUGACCCAUAGCAUGUGGCAGAACGGGCCAUGGUAAGAGCUGACCGGGCAGCUGCAGACCCUCCAUCUGCCCUCGUUGGGGGCCCAGAGGGCAGGGACAUGGGCCGGGAGCUGCUUUCAGGGUCCCCCCACCCCAGGCAGAUGGAAGGUUCACGGCUCCAGCUGCCAGGUUGGCUGGGGAGCAGAGAGUCGGGG